AUGCAACAGAUAUCCAAGAAAAAAAAUAUCGAUUUCGAUUCAAUAGCCAAUAUGUUGUUGAUAAAAUAUAAAGAUUUCAUACUUUCAAAAUUCAAGAAAGCUGUACCUGUAGAGAAUAUGAAGUUUCAGAACUUGAUUCAUUCGAACCAAUUCGCACAAGGACUAUUGGGGCAGAGUCAAAAUCUUUGUACAGUUUAUGAUAAUCCGACAUGGCAUUCUAUAGUGUUGGAGACAUUAGAUCUUGAUCUUAUCUAUAAAAACGUUGACGAUGAAGUUGCUAAAGAUGAGCAUGCAGAGGGGGAAAGCGCAUACACAGAUUACCUAGUAAAAGAAUUGCUUCGCUACUUCAAACAAGAUUUUUUCAAAUGGUGCAACAAGCCAGAUUGUCAGCAUUGUGGCCAGAACACUUCAGAAAAUAUGACAUUUGUGAGCACUCAAGGGCCCAAUGAAGAAGAAUCUAAAUUCAAUUGUGGAACUGUUGAAGUCUAUAAAUGCAACCAAUGUGCUAACAUCACUAGAUUUCCUCGUUAUAACGACCCAAUUAAGUUACUACAGACAAGAAACGGUAGGUGUGGUGAAUGGUGCAACCUAUUCACUUUAAUUUUGAAAUCAUUCGGACUAGAUGUUCGCUACAUCUGGAAUAGAGAAGAUCAUGUUUGGUGUGAAUACUUUUCAUCACAUUUGAAUAGAUGGAUUCACAUUGACUCUUGUGAGCAGUCAUUUGAUCAACCAUUCAUUUAUUCAGUUAACUGGAAUAAGAAAAUGAGUUACUGUAUUGCAUUCGGUAAAGAUGGUGUUGUUGACGUUAGCAAACGAUAUAUCCUUCAGAAUGAGCUACCCAGAGAUCAAAUUAAGGAAGAAGAUCUAAAAUUUCUGUGUCAAUAUAUAACUAAAAAGUUAAGGUCUUCGUCGAAUGAUGACGAGAUAUUCCAACUGGCAUGUCGUGAUGAGCAGGAACAGAUAGAAUUCAUCAAAGGAAGAGUGCAGGAAACAGAAACAAAAAAUAGUGCUGCUGCUUCAAAGACAUCUAAUCUUGGUAGAAAAAGUGGAUCGGUAGACUGGAAGGCACAACGGGGGGAAGACGGUAAAUAG